CUUACUCAAACGGGCCAAUAGCAAUUCAAACAGCCCAACGGUUUUUGAAAACGUUUCUGUCCGGUGUCUUGCCAAGUUUAUCACAGUUUUUAGAUAAAAUUUUACUAUUGCGAACUAGUGUUUGGCCGUGAAACUUAAGUAAAUAUAAUAAAUAAACCAAAAACGGCGGCUGCCGUUUUAUAACGUUUGACAAUGGCGCCAACAAGGUUGGCAUCGAAACCUUUGGGCGUCAAUGAGAACCUGAACGGUAUGCUGGGGCACGGGAUUACGACGAGGAGUAAGCAGCUAGCUUCUCUGAAGAUGCACAAGGACAGUUUGAAAGUGCCCAACAAAAGAAAAGCGGACAGUCCCUUGAAAGACUUGACGGCGAAGAGAGCCGCCUUCGGAGACAUCACAAACGCUUUCAACAAAUCCAGCGCACCACAAGACAAAGAUAAAAUAAUGGCCGUGAAAAAAGUGACUGUGGAGUCUAAAAUGCUACCGACUGUGAAGACAAUCAAACCUCAGACAGCAACGCUAAAUGGUAAGACAUCAAAAGCCAAACAACUGCAGAGGGUUGCCACAAGCGCUUUGGAGACAGUGCAGAAACAUUUCGCCAAGGAUCCGCCCAAGCCGGUCGCCACCAGGGCGCAGAACGGCAUCCUCAAGAACAUCGAGAAGAAGGACAAGCAGAUAAGCAAAGAGCAGAAUCAAAGCCAGAACUCUGUGAAGUCGUCCAAGAGCGAUGUUUCUGGAGAACCGUCUCUUUAUAUGUCUGCUUUGGAAAAUAUCAGAUCAUCAGACACGACAAAGGAAGAAUGCAAGGUGAUAAGCGAGAAAUUAGACAAGGUGAACCUGGACGAUACAGCGAACAGGUCGCUCGACGAGGAGACAGAGACGCCUCAUAAGCCGCCGCCGGGCGUCGCGGACUUCGAUACGGAGAACUGGAACGAUCCGCUGCAAGUGUCGCAUUAUGCAAUGGAUAUAUUCAACUAUUUGAAGGGGAGAGAGCGCCUAUUCCCCAUCGACGACUACCUCAAACGCAUGAACGGCAUCACGUCGUGGAUGCGCGCGCUCCUGGUCGACUGGAUGGUGGAAGUGCAGGAGAGCUUCGAGCUGAACCACGAGACCCUGUACCUGGCCGUGAAGCUAGUGGACCUGUUCCUCACACGCUCCACCAAGACUCUGCCGGAGAAAGACCACAUCAGCAAGGAGGAGCUGCAGCUGUUGGGAGCUUCUGCGCUGUUCAUAGCUUCCAAGUUUGACGAGCGCAUACCGCCUUUAGUGGACGACUUCCUGUACAUCUGCGACGGCGCGUACACGCUCAGCCAGCUGCUCAAGAUGGAAAUGAAAAUCCUGCGCGUGGUGGACUACGACCUCGGCAUCCCGCUCUCGUACCGUUUCCUAAGGAGAUACGCCAGGUGCGCGCGCGUGUCGAUGCCGACGCUGACGCUGGCGCGGUUCGUGCUGGAGCAGGGGCUGCUGGAGUACGCGCUGACGCCGCGCUCCGACUCCAAGCUGGCCGCCGCCGCGCUCUACCUCGCGCUGCGCAUGAAGUCGCUCGGCUCCUGGACGCCCACGCUGCAGUACUACACCGGCUACACACUAGAAGAGAUCCUUCCCAUCGCGCUAGAACAAAACGCGGCGCUACACAAGAAACCCAAAUCGGCGAUAAGCACGGUCAGAAACAAGUACUCACAUACGAUAUUCUUCGAAGUCGCCAAGAUACCUCUCGUAGAAGACUCUGUGCUGACCAGCUGAGAACAAUCGUGUGGCACUUUACACCGUGUGAUUAAUGUACUAAGGUGGGUUAAAAUUUUCUAAUACGCUAGUUUUGUAUACAGUUUUUUUGUGUUUAAAACCUGUAAGUUUGCGUUUUUGCGGUUAGCGGUGGCGACAUAUAGCGGUUGUUUUGUAUCUAACGUGUUUUGGCAUUAAAGUUAGAAUUAAUAUAGCCAUAAAGGCGGUUGUAUUGUCUCUGGUGUGUUUUGGAAGUUAGAAUUAAUAUGGCCAUAAAGUUUAUAACUGCAUGGCUCUAUAGGUAUUUUAGGUUCAAAAAAUCUUGAAAUAGUAUUAAAGUAUACUAUCGUGACCGCCAUGUAACCGCAACGCUAUCCCCAAAAACCAAAGCUUAACGGAUACAUGAACGAGCGAGGUUUAACCCAAAACUCUGCAGUUUCGUAACUGUUAGUAUUAUAUGGCUGUUGUAUGUGUGAUGUAUGAGUGAGUUGUAUGGAUGGACAUCAUUGCAAUCCUUCUAAAGGACAAUGUUAUAAUUAAACGAUUUAUCCAUGUUGACGAUAUUUAAAUUCAUUCCAAUUGUUGUUCUGAAUAGAUAUUCUAUAUUUUUUUUUAUGAACGCGCUUCCCGCUCGAAGCGCAGAUGUUAUGCGAUAUUUGACGAUCCAAUGAUAAUAUGGACGCUCUGUCCCAAAUAGCUAAAUCGCUAUGUUUCUAUCUACCCAGUAUUUGUGCCGAGGCAGAAUAUUGACAAGUUAUACAUGACAUAUCCACAAUGAUGGUGAAUUGCUCAAGUUUACGCGCACAGCGCUAAUAGUAUCGCGAGACUCGCUCGUCUAUGUAACUAUGGUGACGGCGGACGGCAGCUUGUGUUUGUAUGUCGAUGAGUGUAGCGGUAACUCGCGGUUGACCACAUUUUCCACUAAUUUGUAUAUACUAAAAUUCUCGGUAGUUUCUUACUAAUUUUCGAUACUAAUAUAUUUGUGUAAGUUGUUGCCUGAAGUAUUUGAUACUGUUGACUAUCCCACCGGUGUGUACAAGCUGCCGUUUGUCCGUUGUGUUGAAGCUUGAUAGAUUUACAAUGGUAUUGUUUGGUACACAAUCGAGUUGCAAAUGUAUUUAUUUCGUAUGUACUGCUUACAAUAGGUAUAACUAAUGUAAGGUGCCACACUGGCUCCACAGAUAUUAUUUUUGUAAGUAGGAUGUUUACAUGUAAUUAUAAAUUAGCUAUUAUAGUUAAUAUUCAAUUGUUAGUGUAGAGUUGUGUUUGCUAUUAAAUUACUGUGUAGAAGUGGGUUUGAUCAAUCUAUUUGAUGCCAAAUAUAAUCAACUUGAAAUAUUUGAUUAUUGAACACGCUUACCCUCAGGAAAUGGUUGAUCAAAUCGCGUUCCCAUUUUAUGUUUAAUGUUGCAAUCUCGACGCGCGUAUUCUAAAACCUAUCGUUCACUUAGCGAAUGUAGUUGAUAGUGCGUGAAGUUAAUUAUAAUUGUAGCACCAAUUUGCGUUCAUGUUAUUAGACGCGGAAAAGACUGAAUUUUGUAAACGUGACAACGAUUCAGGUACGGAUUGUCUGUACUUAAUGUGUGCCAUAUUUGUUGACACCGAUGCGGAUGGGGAAUGAGUUCUCCGCGACGGGGGGAUGCAAUCGGCGUAGCUGAGAUUCUUCAAAACAUUCUCCAAUAAAUGGACCAAAAUCUGGCCACGUUUCUAACCUCAAUAGAAUUUUUACCAAAUAUCAAUGCCCAAAAUGGAUGUUGACAGUUUUUUUUUUUUAUUUCCUACCGCUUAUCAAACGAAUGCUGUCUUCCUAUAAUGUAUUAUAGGUAGUGAAUUUCAUUUUGUAGGUAAUGUUUGCGAUUAUAUAUUUAACAAUGUGCAGUCAAUCAGCUAAUUAAUGAAAUUAUACAAUUGAUUUUAAUAAUAAUUUUAAUAAUUUUGAAUUGAUUUUAGAAUAUGUUUAAUUGAAUAUUUGUUUUUGACCGUUGGUAAAUUUUUACAAAUCUAUAUCAUGCUUUCAAGAUACUUGAAAACAAUAAACACCUUAGUCAAACCUAUGACUACCUAACUCCAGUGAGAUAUAAUUCCUUUGGAGUUGGGGGUGUUGAGGAGCUGAAUCUCCAGUUCUACAUACCCAGAUACUAAACAAAUACCAGUGACUUCCACAACCAUUUGUCCACACAGGGAGUUGAACAUGCCUCUCAUUUAUAGAGGCUGUUUAAAACUGUCAAAUGUUAUAAAUUUUUUACCAUGUUCGAUAAAAUGUAAUCAAAAAUUCUGAUUAAUUGUUCAAAACUGUGAUGACCAAUCACAAAAUAUGUUUUAUUUCAUUACUGCUAUAAUUUUUAAAUUUACAUUUUAAAAUUUAAUUCAUAGUUGUUGGUAAAAAAAUACCAAAUAGCCAUAGUGAAUAGAAAAAUUACUUAGUCCCAAAGGCAUUUACGAAUUUGCAAAGGCCAUUACGAAAUUUCCAUAAAAUAAUUUUCAUCUAUUCAGGAUUGUCUCUGACGAAGAUAAUAUAAGGGGUUUUAUUGAUUGACCCUAAAAUAACUGCUCUUGACUGUACACAUCUUAAUCGAUCUUGAGAUCGCAGGCUCUCGAUACGUUUUUAUAAGCACGUAUGUAUUGUCGGCAAUUUUUUUGCUAAUAAUUUAAUUUUAAUUAAUUAUAAUGGACUUUUUUGUAAUUUUUUUAAUAUAGUUUAAUAAUAAAUUGUAAUUAUUGUGAGAUUAUUUGCCCGAUGUCAUUUUGUCUUAUGUUUUUAUUUGUAAUUUAUCACACUUAAAGAGUACAAAAUAUUGGAAUGUUAAUAUGUUGUUCGUUAAUUAGUAAGUUUUAGAGUAAUAUCACUUUGAAAUCUGUUUUUCCUCUUGAUAGCAUUUGUCUAAUUAUACAAGGUUAAUGUAAAACUUUGACGUGUAAAUAAAAGUGAUUUUGGUUUGGUA